AGACGCGUCGCGUCUGAGGCGCGUGGCUUUGCGUUCACCUUCGACAACGCGUCCUCCAGCGCACCGCCUUGUAUAUACCUUGCCUCUCACCUCUACGCGCGACACCAUCCACAAAUGACUGAUAGAGCUAGGCGCGAGCGUAAAUCGAAGCUCGAUCGGCUCGCCGAGUACAAACGCGCUCGAGAGGGCGGGAGUCGUAAAUGGAAGGACGAGGAGGAUGUAGAGAUAUACGACGAGGUCUCAGAAGACCAGUACAAGUCCAUCGUGCGAGGGCGACUCGCGAAGGAUGACUUCGUAGUCGAUGACGGUGUCCAGGGAUACAUGGACAACGGCGUCGACGAUUUCGAGGAAACCGAAGAACAUCAGGAGAGCGAGGAUGAGCGCAGAGUGAAAGGGAAGAAGGGGAAGGCAGACAAGAAGGUGAAAGCUAAAGGAAAGCCGAAAGCCCCACCUCCCGCUGUCACCCCUUCCAUCAGUGCGUACCGCCCACAGAAGUCGGAAGACCAGGAGGAGGAUUUUAUAAAAUCUCUGAUGGCGACUAUGGACAACAAUGCUGACAAGAUCGUCCAGCCCACGAAGUCACGGAAGCGGAAGCCUGCACUCGAGCCCGACUACAGAGAGGCUAGCUCCUCGCCUACGCCGAAAGCGCGUUCACAUCCCACCACCCAUUCGUAUCGCAGCAACUAUCCGGACACCCCGGGAUCAUCUUCAGAUGGAUUCGUCGAGGAUGUGCGCUUCGAUGACGUCUCCAGCGAUGAUUACAUGCUCAGCCCCAAGAAGAAGCUGAAGACAGACAACGCGGCCAUCGUGCCGGCGAUCGAGCGUAUGAGCCAGAUGGAGGUCCACAGCGCUAGCAGCGGGACUGAGGAUUGCGAUACCUCCUACGAUGAUGUGGACAUGACCGCUUUCAACGACGUUGACGACGACGAAAUCAAUGGCGAACCGAGCAAGCCCGUCCCGCAGGCUAAGCUCCCCGUGAAGAUGGAAGUCGACGCAGCGCCCAAACCGCUGCACCCAAUCAAUGGCAAGCUUGAUGCCCAGGCUAAGAAGAAACUAGACGAGAUUCCUUCGUGGCUCUCCGUCUAUGAGUCGCUGCAGACGACGACUGACGACUCGCUUGGGCAAGCAUCCGCUUCGCGCAACUCAGCAAGCCAUAGCGACAUCUCUGUACUCGAGGAGGACGGUUCGUUGCGUUUCUUCUGGAUCGACUACCUGGAGCACGAGGGGAAGGUCUACUUCGUCGGCAAGACGCAGGACAAGCUCUCCAAGGCUUGGCACUCGUGCUGCGUGACCGUUGAGAACCUGCAACGGAACCUCUUUCUGCUGCCACGGGAGCGUCGCAUGGAGGAAGACGAGGAGGGGGAGCUGCACGAGACAGACGUCAAGCCCGAGAUGAGUGAUGUCUACGCUGACUUCGACCGCAUCCGCAAAGCGAUGGGCAUCAAGUCUUGGAAGGGCAAACCCGUCAAGCGGAACUAUGCAUUCGGCGAGAAGGACAUCCCACGGGGCGAGAACGACUGGUUGAAGGUCGUCUACGGUUUCGAUGAGCCUCAAAUUCACCAAUCGGUGUGCAGUCCAAACAUUGCCAAGAUCAUGGGGACGAACGCAAGCGCGUUCGAGUUGCUGGUGCUCAAGCGCAGGAUCAUGGGCCCGUGUUGGCUUCAGAUCAAGAAGCCCCAGCUCGAUCACAAGGGGGUCUCCUGGUGCAAAGUGGAGGCGACAGUGUCGGAUCCGAAGGACAUCAAACCAAUUUCCGACAGGGACCCGACUGCGCCCAAGGCGACCCCACCACUGACAGUCAUGAGCCUCAGUAUUCGGACGAUUGUCAACCAUAAGGAGAACAAUCGCGAGAUUAUCUGUGCGACAGCCAGGAUCUGGUCAAACAUCGAUCUGGACGACCCGACACCGCCCGAAUCACUUCCUUGCACUGUGCGAACCUUCGUCCGGCCAUUAGAUCGUUUCCCACCAAACUUCGAAGUCCGCGCGGGCAAGAAUGGCAAGGGUGUUAUCUCGCCGAUGAAGAACGAGCGGAUGUUGUUGAAUAGUCUCCUCGCUACCAUCUACAAAGCUGAUCCGGACAUCAUCGUCGGCCAUGAGUUCUUGGGAGUCUCUCUCGAUGUUUUGCUGCAUCGUAUGCGUGACCUCAAGGCAGACCACUGGUCAAGAAUUGGUCGCUUCCGUCGUUCUAAGUGGCCGGGCAUUGGGCGACAGGGAACAAACCUGAAGUUCAUGAACGGUCGACUGCUCUGCGAUCUGGCGAGUGACAGUGCCAAGGGUAUGAUCUCGUCGACGACUUGGUCACUCACCGAGAUGUGCAAGACGCAUCUGAAGAGCGACAGGCAGGACAUCGACCCGGAUGACACUGCAAGCUUCUUUGACAGCAGUGUGGGCUCGCCAGAGCGGUUGCUCACGUUCGUCCAGCACUGCGAGCUUGACGCGCACUAUCAGAUGGCUCUCGCUGCCAAGGUUCAGAUCUUGCCGUUGACGAGACAGCUGACGAACCUGGCUGGCAACUCCUGGAAUAAGACGCUGAACGGUGGUCGUGCGGAACGCAACGAGUACAUUUUGCUACACGAGUUCCACCAGAAGAAGUACAUAUGCCCUGACAAGACAUGGGGUAAGAAGGCCGCAGCGGCGGAGAAGGAGUCUAAUAACGACGACGCCGAGGGCGGUAAGACCACCAAGAGCAAACGCGACAAGUAUAAGGGUGGUCUCGUUUUCGAGCCAAAGCGAGGGCUCUGGGACAAGUUCAUCCUUGUCAUGGACUUCAACUCGCUGUACCCGAGUAUCAUCCAGGAGUAUAACAUCGAUUUCACCACGGUCGACCGGGUUGAAGACGAAGAGGGUGAGGAGAAAAUCCCGGAGCCUCCGAGCUCCGAGGUCGCGCAGGGCGUUCUUCCUCGUCUCAUUGCUACCUUGGUCGCCCGGCGUAGGCAGGUCAAGAGCAUGAUGAAGGACAGAACGGCAACUCAAGCACAGUUGCUUCAGUGGGACAUCAAACAAAUGGCCUUGAAGCUGACGGCCAACAGUAUGUAUGGCUGUCUCGGUUUCGAGUACUCGCGAUUCUAUGCACGGCCACUGGCUGCCUUGACGACCUUCAAGGGCCGUGAGAUCCUCACCCAUACCCGCGAACUCGCUGAGAGCUUGCAGCUUGAUGUCGUCUAUGGAGACACCGACUCCGUCUUUGUCAACUCCAACGUGACUGACCUUGCAGAGGCUCUGAAGAUCUCCGCCACGUUCAAGAAGGCUGUGAACGACAGGUACAAGCUGCUCGAGAUCGACCUGGAUGGAAUUUUCCAGCGGUUGCUACUUCUGCAGAAGAAGAAAUAUGCCGCCAUCAAGGUCGAGGACGGCACGCGGACAACAACAGAAAUCAAGGGUCUCGACAUGAAGCGGAGAGAGUACUCCGCGCUGUCCAAGAACGUCUCUCAAUACGUUUUGGACCAGAUACUCUCGGGGGAAGCGACGGAGGUCGUUGUCGAGAAUAUUCACGAGUACCUCACAACCGUCCGAGAGGACGUACGCGCGGGCAAGGUCAAGCUCGACGACUUCAUCAUCUUCAAGCGGCUUGGCAAGAACCCGGAGGACUAUCCCGACGCGAAGAGCCAGCCACAUGUCCAGGUCGCGCUGCGCAUGAAGGCCCGCGGGGGGACGGCACGCUCGGGCGACGUCAUACCAUAUGUGUUCUGCUUGGGGGACAACGGCGAGACGUCGAAGUCGGCGCAGGCGGAACGGGCGAAACAUCCUGAUGAAGUUCGCAGGGCGAAUUCGGGUCUCCAGAUAGACUACGAAUACUACCUCUCGCAGCAGAUUCUCCCGCCUAUAGAACGUCUCUGUGACCCGAUCGAAGGCACAGAUCGAGCACGGCUAGCAGAAUGCCUCGGACUCGAUGCUACUCGGUACCGCGUCUCCACAACUGGCGAGUCCGAGGAGAGGCAUUUCAGCACGCUGGACUCGCUUAUGUCGGAUGCCGAGCGGUACAAGGAUGCAGAGCCGUUCGUUGUCCGGUGUCGCACAUGCCAGGGGCAUGUCGCGUUCGAGCCUAUCGCCGAUCGUGAGAAUUCACUCCUCCAAUCUUCGGGUCCUGCGUGCCCCGCAUGCAAGACGGCACUACGCACGGCGAGCCUCCAGUCACAACUCGAGACACAGAUCCGGGCAAAGAUCGCGCAGUACUACGAGGGGUGGACGGUGUGUGACGACCCGACGUGCGGGCACCGGACGCGCAUGAUGGGCGUGUACGGGCGGCGGUGCCUGCGGCCGGGUUGCCAGGGGCACGUCGUGUUCGAGUACUCGGACGCACAGCUAUAUACACAGCUCCGGUAUUACGCGUCACUGUUCAGCCCGGAGGGGGCGCUCAAGGCGUGUGGCGCUGGGAAGCAGGAGGAGGUGAAGGCCCUGAUUAUGGUGCAGGAUGCGUUCUUGCGCGCGAUGGGUACAACCGUGGAGAAAUACCUCGACCAGAGCGGCCGGCGGUGGGUCAACUUGACCGGAUUGUUCUCGUUCAUGAAGAUCUAGGCGGCGAGGGAGCGGCGCGGACUCUGGUGUACGCUCAUAUAGAUGGUUUC